UAACGGCGAAACAUCCCCGAAUGGUAUCGAGAGGAGAAAAAUGAUUAUUUUUAUGCAUUUCAAUUCUAAGCAUACUUAAUUCUAUAUAUGAUAGUUAUUUUCAGCAAGAGAAGAGAAUAAACAAAGCGUCCAGACAAGUACGAUUUUGAAUCCCACUGGAAAAAUUCGAUAGGUUUUAUUUUAAGGAAAUUAUUUUAGUGCAGCUUCUACUUCGAACAGCAGUGAAACUCCUAUACACUUGAUAGCAGUUCUUUGUGUUAAUCCGUAGAAGCUAUCAGAAAGUUGAACUUUCUGCAUAAUCUCGAGGUUCUUUCCAAGAAUUAUGAUGACCUUCGCUGACGUACUGGCAAAGUGCUAUUCCUGCUGCUCAGCUCGAAGUAUUCACAAAAGAAAAAAGUUCCGGCUUGAACAGAAAGACCAGAAAGAGAAUGAAAACACAGAACCUACUAAAAACAAAUUCUCUGUCUUCAAAGGAUUAUUUCUUGCAUUCUUGUCUGGGGUGUUUUAUUCGUCUUCAGCAGUCAUAGUCAAGAAAAUGACUAAUCUACAUCCAGGACAACUUGCAGUAUACAGAUUCGUGGCCAUAUUUGCCUUAUCUCUUCCUCAGGCCGUCAAAUGCCGCGACAUGAUUAUCGGACCUAAAGAUAUGCGUUUCUUGUUAUUUCUGAGAGGUGUUUUUGGUGCAACCAAUUUGUUUCUAAACUUUCUAGCAUUUCGUUAUCUCCCUCUUGGGGAAGCAGCUGUUAUCAUCUUCAGCGUGCCCGUUUUCGUUACAGUUACAGCUAGGAUAUUCCUAAAAGAACCUUGUGGUAUAUUCCAAUCGGGCAUUGUUUUCUUGACUGUGAUUGGUAUAAUACUCAGCACAAAACUUCCAUCGAAACUAAUUGGAAGUUCCUUCGACUAUUCGAAGGAGUUUAUUUACGGCAUCUUAGCAGCUUUUGGCUCGCUAUUGUUUAGCACCUGUAGAUUUAUAGUCAUUCGAAAAGUGAAAAGUGUUCAUCAAGCGAUAAUCAUGUUCAACUUCAGUUGGGUGGCGAUCAUAGAAACGGUGAUACUUACAGCUCUAAUGGGGGACUUCAAGUGGCCAUUCUGUGGUCUUCAAAGUUUCCUUAUAGUUGUUCUAGGCAUAUUCAGUUACGUGGGGCAGACAUUGCUAACUAUAGCUUUGCAGUGCGAAAACGCUGGACCUGUGGCAACUAUGCGUGCAGCUUCGGACAUUGUGUUGGCAUUUAUGUGGCAAACAUUUCUGUUUUCCGAUAUUCCUGAUGCUUUCAGCAUCAGCGGUGCCAUUUUAGUUAGUUUUUCGGUCACUUUUGUUGGACUUCAGAAAUGGAUAUCUACUUUGUCACGAGAAUCUUCAACUUUUAAACGACUUAAAUGGAUAAUUUUAUGAUUGCAGUGCCAGUCGUAUACGAAUAACACAACAAUUUACUAUUUAUUUAAUAAUCCCUUCCCCUAAAUAUAUCGAAGAAAGGAAACAUAGUUGCAUUUGGGAGUCGAUUUAGCAACUUAGGCAAACACGGUAAAAUAAUUGGAAUAUAUUGAAUUCUCUUCCACGUUGAUAUCGAGUUGGCUCCAGAAAAUCUCCAAAUGGAACUGAAUGAUUAUGCAAUGGCGAUUUAAAACGAAUUUUCAUCAGAAUAAAAGAUUGUACUUACAUAGCAUAGGUUUUUUUUUUUUAAUUUUUAAUUUAAAAAAAUUGUAAUUACUAAAUUGUAUUUUACUUAAAUACUUAUAUUG